GGAAAGGGGUGGGUCCGGGCUGGGAGGGGGGGAACAUACCACCGCCUGAGGAAUGUCAACUAUUCAACAUGGAGACGGCGGUUACUACGCUCGAGACCAUGUUCCAGAAAGCCGAAUCAGAUCUGGAUUACAUCAAGGCGAUGUUGGAAUUUGAAAUGAUGAAAGGUCUCCCCGAUGGACUGUCUCAAGAGGAAAACCCGGUGGUUCUCGUGCAGCAGCUAUCCAUGGUGAAGUCUCGCUACAAAACCUUGUGUGAGCAGCUAGAAAAGAUUUCUCUCGAGCGACGGGAAUCCAUGCGCUCCAUCCGUGCCACUCUUGCGAAGACGGUGAAGCUGGUCCAGGAGAUACAACACCACACCGGCAUGGAGAUUUCUCCUCUAUCAGAAGAAGAACAGCUGGCAAUGCAACACUUAAUGCUGCAGACUCCGGAAGAAACGGACCUUCCCGCGAAACAGAAUUGUCUGGAGGAACCUGAAGUCCACUGAUGCUACGCUGGAAACUGCAAAAAGAGCAGAUCGAAGUUGACAAACGAGGCCAUAACUUUAUACGUGUAAAUGUUUGCAGAUUUUUAAAAAAGUGGUUGUUCAUUGUUCCCCUUCUGUUGUACAUAGGCUCUAUAGCCUUGUUUGAUGAGUAAUGUAUCUGUGAUGGAGACUGAUGUGCUGGUGGUGUCGAUGUUGUGCCUGUAUUGAGGCUUAAAUUGUGAAAGAUGCGUCCACCCAGCUAAACUGUACCCACUCAGAGAGCAACAUGUAUUUACUAUAUUUAAACUAAAUAUUUUCAUUCUGUCCUUAGAGUGCUCGGAAUCCCACUCACAAUACGCUUCAACAAGCAGAACCAAUUGAGAAAAACGCAGUCCCAUGCCAUUAAAAACCAAACCAAACCGAAAAACACAAUUAUAAUGAAAGAGAUAUUCAAGUGUGCUACUGGUUGUAAGUGCAUCUUUAUUGCUGUGGAAUAACUUCCAAACAGUUUUUUUUCCAUUUUAAAUGUUGCAUCAUGGACUCUGUGAUAUAGAGUGAGAUUUCCAAAUUGUACAUUCCAUGCCUUUUAAAAGUAGGGAGUAACUUGUCUGUUGCUGGCUUUUUUUAGGUGGUCUGUUUCUGAAAUGCGACAUCAGUGCUGAAACCUGUGGUCUAAUCCAUUGGGGGGGAUGAUGAUCAUCAUCUGAUUGUCUUUCCCCCUCCUGCAGGGCAAAGAGGUGGUGCAGCUGAUUGAGCCCAGCCUGUUUUAAGGAAUUCAGCAGCCUUUUGUUGUGGCUGAGCUUUAGCAGAACUCGUCCAAGAAAAGUACCCUGGGGCUACAGUACUUUGGGCUUCUGCUCUAGCCACCCAUCUCUGCUAUCUUACCGUCUUGUACAACUCCAUGUAUUGAGAUGCUUCUUUUGGUAUAUUUCAAAGCCAUAGGUGUGAACUUUGAAACUGUAGCUGAAGUCCAAGAGUUUUUCCUUAACUUAAAACAAAUGGAAAGAAUAAAGGUAUAUUUGUAUCCUU